AUGAGGAGAGGGGAGGAGGAGAGAGGAGGAGAGAGAGGGGAGGAGGAGACAGGGAGAGAGAGAAGAGGGAAGGAGGAGAGGGGGAGAGAGGAGGAGAGGGGGAGAGAGGAGGAGAGGGGGAGAGGGGAGGGGAGGGGGAGAGAGGAGGAGAGGAGAGAGAGAAGGAGAGGGGGAGAGAGGAGGAGAGGGGGAGAGAGGAGAGAGAGGAGGAGAGGGGGAAAGAGGAGGAGAGGAGUGGAGGGGAGAGAGAGGAGGAGAGGAGGAGAGGAUAGGGGAGGAGGGGAGGGGGAGAGUGGAGGAGAGGUGGAGAGAGGAGAGAGGAGGGUAGGGGAGAGAGGAGGAGAGAGGAGGAGAGAGGAGGAGAGGGGGAGAGAGGAGGCGAGGAGGGUAGGGGAGAGAGGAGGAGAGAGGAGGAGAGAGGAGGAGAGGGGGAGAGAGGAGGCGAGGAGGACUCCUCCUCACAUACACCUCCUCACAUACACCUCCUCACAUACACCUCCUCACAUACACCUCCUCACAUACACCUCCUCACAUACACCUCCUCACAUACACCUCCUCACAUACACCUCCUCACAGACUCCUCCUCACAUACUCCUCCUCACAUACACCUCCUCACAGACUCCUCCUCACAUACACCUCCUCACAUACACCUCCUCACAUACACCUCCUCACAUACACCUCCUCACAUACACCUCCUCACAGACUCCUCCUCACAUACACCUCCUCACAUACACCUCCUCACAUACACCUCCUCACAUACACCUCCUCACAUACACCUCCUCACAUACACCUCCUCACAGACUCCUCCUCACAUACACCUCCUCACAGACUCCUCCUCACAUACACCUCCUCACAUACACCUCCUCACAGACUCCUCCUCACAUACACCUCCUCACAGACUCCUCCUCACAUACACCUCCUCACAGACUCCUCCUCACAUACACCUCCUCACAGACUCCUCCUCACAGACUCCUCCUCACAUACACCUCCUCACAGACUCCUCCUCACAGACUCCUCCUCACAUACACCUCCUCACAUACACCUCCUCACAGACUCCUCCUCACAUACACCUCCUCACAGACUCCUCCUCACAUACACCUCCUCACAUACACCUCCUCACAUACACCUCCUCACAUACACCUCCUCACAUACACCUCCUCACAGACUCCUCCUCACACAUACACACAACUCCUCCUCACAGACUCCUCCUCACAUACACCUCCUCACUCCUCACAUACUCCUCCUCACAUACUUCACACCUCCUCACAUACACCUCCUCACAACACCUCCUCACAUACACCUCCUCACAUACACCUCCUCACAUACACCUCCUCACACCUCUCACAACUCCUCCUCACAUACACCUCCUCACAUACACCUCCUCACAAACUCCUCCUCACAUACACCUCCUCACAGACACCCUCACUCACACACCCUCCUCACAUACACCUCCUCACAACUCCUCCUCACAUACACCUCCUCACAUACACUCUCCUCACUACACUCCUCACUCACAUACACCUCCUCACAUACACCUCCUCACAUACACCUCUCACACACCUCCUCACAUACACCUCACUCCCACAACACCUCCUCACAUACACCUCCUCACAUACACCUCCUCACACACCUCCUCACACACCUCCUCACACACCUCCUACAUACACCUCCUCACAGACUCCUCCUCACAUACACCUCCUCACAGACUCCUCCUCACAUACACCUCCUCACAUACACCUCCUCACAGACUCCUCCUCACAUACACCUCCUCACAGACUCCUCCUCACAUACACCUCCUCACAGACUCCUCCUCACAUACACCUCCUCACAGACUCCUCCUCAUAUACACCUCCUCACAGACUCCUCCUCACAUACACCUCCUCACAUACACCUCCUCACAGACUCCUCCUCACAGACUCCUCCUCCUCACAGACUCCUCCUCCGCGCACAGACUUCUCCUCACAGUCUUCUCCCCACAGACUCCUCCUCCUCACAGACUUCUCCUCACAGACUCCUCCUCCCCACAGACUACUCCUCCGCACAGACUCCUCCUCCCCACAGACUACUCCUCCGCACAGACUCCUCCUCCCCACAGACUCCUCCUCCUCACAGACUUCUCCUCCUCACAGACUCCUCCUCCUCACAGACUCCUCCUCCCCACAGACUCCUCCUCCUCACAGACUCCUCCUCCCCACAGACUCCUCCUCCUCACAGACUCCUCCUCCUCACAGACUCCUCCUCCCCACAGACUCCUCCUCCUCACAGACUCCUCCUCCUCACAGACUUCUCCUCCUCACAGACUCCUCCUCCUCACAGACUCCUCCUCCCCACAGACUCCUCCUCCUCACAGACUUCUCCUCCUCACAGACUCCUCCUCCUCACAGACUCCUCCUCCCCACAGACUUCUCCUCACAGACUCCUCCUCCUCACAGACUCCUCCUCCUCACAGACUCCUCCUCCCCACAGACUCCUCCUCCUCACAGACUUCUCCUCCUCACAGACUCCUCCUCCUCACAGACUCCUCCUCCCCACAGACUCCUCCUCCUCACAGACUCCUCCUCACAGACUCCUCCUCACAGACUCCUCCUCCUCACAGACUCCUCCUCCUCUCACUCUGCAUAA